UUGGACCAUUUGCACCACACGUUCCAUUGAAGUGAGUUUGGACCAUCUCUCCAUCAUACACCACAUGAUCCAUAGCCAUUGCUGAAAGCUGCUUCCACUUCCUCAACAGUAAGCCACUCUUUCUUCUCUCCUUUCGAGCCUUUUUUUUAAAAAAAUUAUUCACUCACCAUGACCAACGAAACAGAUGGUAUUUCUUUACCAAACAACGAUGCCAAUACUCCAUAUUUUUUACACCACUUUGACAGUCCAGGGACUGUCCUUGUCUCUCAACCUCUCACAGAGGAUAACUAUUCCACAUAGUCCAGCACUAUGCAAAUGGCCUCGAGCGUCAAGAAUAAAUUGGCUUUUAUUGAUGGAACUCUGUCCAAACCAGAGUCUUCUUCUUCAUUUUCCUUAUGGAAAAGAUGUAAUGACAUGGUAUUAACAUGGUCCCUGUCAAAAGACCUCCAAGAGAGAAUCGUUUGUGCAUCUACUUCUUUUGAAGUUUGGUCUGAUCUAAGAGACCAUUUUUCAUAGAGCAAUGCUCCGUGCAUUUUUCAACUUAAAACAGUUUCUAGCUACCUUUCAACAAGGAUAAUUAUCUGUUGGUAAAUUACUUUACCAAACUAAAACAUGCAUGGGAUGAGUUAUCUUCUCUCCAUUCUUUUUCUCCAUGUUCUUGCAAUGUUAUAAAAACUUUGACAUAUUAUCUCCAACAAAAACGUUUAAUUCAGUUUUUAAUGGGUCUAAAUGACUCUUGCGAAUUGGUUCGUGCCAACAUCCUUCUCAUGGAACCACUACCACCUGUUUUCAAAGCUUAUUCUCUCGUUCUUCAAGAGGAACGGCAACGUGACAUUCAUCUUAUUGCACCAAACACUGAGGCUGUUGCCUUCGUAAUAACCAAACAAUCUAGCAGCAAGAAGGGUGGGACACGACCACCACUACAUUACGAUUUCUGUCAUAAAGACAACCACACAAAAGACCGUUGUUACAAGCUCAUUGGCUAUCCCAAAAGGCUGCCCAAGCCUCAUGCAAACAACAUGCAAGCAACACCUAGCCAACUGUCCUUGCCUAGUGGAUCACAGUUCACAAUCGAACAACAUCGGCAACUAUUGGAUCUUCUCCAAGCAGGUAGUUCCAACCAUUUGGCCAAUCUUGCUGGACCAGUUAAUGAGGAAGACGAUUAGAGCGGGUAGGGACUUUAUCUAUUUCAAUCUCCUAAUAAUGUGAUUGCUUCCUCCGCCCAACACCCACAAUCUAUGGACCUAUGGCACUGGCGUCUUGGCCACCCAUCUAAUGCUAGGUUACAAAAUCUCAUUAAAACAUAUUCUAAUAUUGUUUAUUCUUGUUAUUGUCAUGUAUGCCCUAAGGCAAAAUAAUCUCGAUUAUCUUUUCCUUUUGGUUCA